UGGACCUUGCUUUGUGCACUGGUGCACAGUCAUGUUGGAAGAGGAAGGGGCCCGCUCCAAACUGUUCCCACAAGGUUGGGGGAGCAUGGAUUUGUCCAAAAUGUUUUGGUAUCCUGGAGCAUUCAAAGUUCCUUUCACUGUAACUAAGGGGCCAAGCCCAACUCCUGAAAAACAACCUAACACCAUAAUUCCUCCUCCAAAUUUCACACUCGGAACAAUGCAGUCCGAAAUGUAGCGUUCUCCUGGCAACCUCCAAACCCAGACUGGUCCAUCAGAUUUCCAGAUGGAAAAGCGUGAUUCAUCACUCCAGAGAACGCGUCUCCACUGCUCUAGAGUCCAGUGGUGAUGUCCUUUACAGCACUGCAUCCCACGCUUUGCAUUGAACUUGGUGAUGUAUGGCUUAGAAACAGUCUCCAUACCUAAGUGCUUGACUUUAUACACCUGGGGCCAGGCUAAGUGAUUAGGACACCUGAUUCUGAUCAUUUGGAUGGGUGGCCAAAAUACUAUAAUACUAUAUACUAUAAAAUAUAGUGUAUGUAUAAAUAAUACAUUUAUAUAGACAGCAUGGUAGGGCAGUAGUCGGCGCUUGUGCCUCACAGUGAGAUGGUCCUAUGUUCGAUUCCUGUGCUCAGAGUCUUUUUGUGUGGAGUUAAAAUUAAAGUGAUUGUCACACACACACUAGGUGCGGUGAAAUUAUCCUCUGCAUAUGAACCAUCCCCACAGGGGAGCAGUGAGCAGCAGCGAUGGCCGCGCCCGGGAAUCAUUUUGGUGAUUUAACCCCCAAUUCCAACCCUUGAUGCUGAGUACCAAGCAGGGAGGUAAUGGGUCCUAUUUUUAUAGUCUUUGGUCUGACUCGGUCAGGGUUUGAACUCACGACCUACCGAUCUCAGGGCGGACACUCUAACCACAGGGCCACUGAGCAGGUUUGCAUGUUCUCUUCGGUUACUCUGGCUUCCUCGCACCGCCAAAAAGGGAAUCCAAAACCGGUUCUUGUUCAAAACCGGUUCCCAGAGAAUAAAUUCCUUGUAAUCGCUUGACAUUUUUUUCAUAUUACGGGCGGGGCAAAUGUUCUAACGUUAACUUCAAGAAAAGAUUGCAACAGUGCUACUUGUAAUAAUUAAUAACCCUUUUCCCCCGGUGCCACUCACACCGGUGAAUUGAAUGAUGAAUGAUAGGUGGUGGUCGGAGGGGCCGUUGGCGCAAAUUGCAGCCACGCUUCCGUCAGUCUACCCCAGGGCAGCUGUGGCUAUGAAAGUAGCUUACCACCACCAGGUGUGAAUGAAUGAUGGGUUCUACAUGUAAAGCGACUUUGGGUACUUAGAAAAGCGCUAUAUAAAUCCCAGGUAUUAUUAUUAUUAUUGAUUGCAAGACCGCUUACACACAGCAUGCAAUAAUUAUAAAUGAAAGUCACAUUUCUAACCGCUCCUAUCUCAUCCCAGCAGCAGUAACUUAGGCAUGUCAUCUGUCAACAGAUGAGCAGGACGAGAGACAGAUUCUGACGGGCUCCGAGGCGGGCACCCAAACACAUGCCCAUUGUCCUCCGCAGCUGGACACAAGAACAGAUAAAGACAAAGGAGUAUCUCUCCUCCUCACAUUCCAAAGUCAAGACUAUAACUUCAGACUAUCAUGUGUGAAAACAAAAGGUGAUCAUCUUGGCUCUUGUCCAGUUUUUUGAGGCGUCAACAAGCUCCCCCAUAUACAGGCUGCCAGUGACACACCUGAACCAGCAUAAUGACCACAGCUUCCAGACUCUCCUUCUGCGCGGGGUUUGUGUUUGGAGGCUUCAUGCUGUACAUUUUUAUAUGGCAAGCAUUCUUCGCGAAUACUUUUUAUGUGGAAUUAGCCAGCGGCUCCGGAAAGCUUCUCAAUCACCAGCAGCAACAGCUUGAAGAACAGAAAGUGUGGAAGAAAAAUGGGUCAGCACUCUUCAAUCUGAAACACCCUCAUCAUUCAGAUGAAGACGGCAGAAUAGCAGAUGAAUUGUACAAAAAAGUACGCAUUCUUUGCUGGGUGAUGACUGCACCCCAGAACCUGGAGACGAAGGCUCGCUAUGUGAAGGACACGUGGAGUCGACACUGCAAUAUCAUGGUCUUUGUCAGUUCCGUGGACGAUCCAGACUUCCCAACUGUGGGUAUGAAUACAAAAGAGGGCCGUGACCAGCUUUAUUGGAAAACAAUCCGGGCCUAUCAUUACGUCUACGAGCAUCACGGCCACGAAGCCGAUUGGUUCCUCAAGGCGGAUGAUGACACCUAUGUAAUAGUGGACAACAUGCGCUGGCUUCUUGCAAACCACACCCCGGAUGAGCCUAUUUAUUUUGGUCGAAGAUUCAAGCCCUACGUCAAGCAAGGCUACAUGAGUGGUGGCGCUGGAUACGUGCUGAGCAAAGAGGCCCUGCGACGAUUUGUGGGAGGCUUCAAAAACGAAGUGUGUACUCACACCAGCCCAGUGGAGGACCUCGCGAUGGGAAAGUGCAUGGAGAAGGUCGGUGUGCUGGCAGGAGACUCCAGGGACACUUUGCAACGGGAGACAUUUCACCCCUUUGUACCUGAGCAGCACCUUACUUCCAAGUUUUCAAAGACUUUCUGGUAUUGGAAGUACAACUACUACCCCAUCUCAGAGGGUCCAAACGGCUGCUCGGACUUGUCUGUGUCCUUCCACUAUGUGCAUGACAGCCACAUGUAUCUGUUGGAGUACUACGUCUAUCACCUGCGUGCCUUUGGCUACAGAUACCGCUACCAGCCCGCCACUCCGCUCGGGUACUCUUAUGAGAAGGAGCGCUCACAGGACACUGCUGUUGCUACGGAAAAGAACAACGUUUCUCAGGAAAAAGAUGCAGAAGGCGAGGUUAGUGAAAAGAGAGCGGAUGACUCCCAGCUUCCGGCUGCCAAAGUUCCUCCUGCAGUCAAGCGUUAGUAGGACCAGGUGGGCGCCAUCGUUAAUGUACAAACGUAUCUUGGGACUGCUUUUAACAUACACAUUUUAACCCAACAAGUUGUCAUUCUGCAAUAAGUCAAGCUGAACCUUUGAGGGAACUGGAAGGUGGUGUUUAUAGAGCAAUACUGACCUCUAGUGACACUUUGUUUUACUGCAUGGAUUUAAAGGCGUACUUUCCUUGUAAAAGUGCAUUUAUUCUGCUGCUUCACAAAAUAAUUGUGUGUAUUAUAUCACAUUCAACUAACUGCAUUGCUCAUAUUGUAGUUUUUUCCCCCCCAAUAACCUGUCAGGUUGGAGAUUACUGCUUUCAUGAAUUCAAUGAGGUGCCCUACAACUAAUUCACUUUAUUCCUUAUUUUAGAUAGGAAGGUAGAUCUUUAUUGUCAUUGCACAAGUACAACGAAACUUUGUUUUCAAUCCAAUCCACUUUAUUUAUAUAGCACAUUUAAACAACAUGUUUCCAAAGUGCUGCACAACAAUAUUAAACACAAUUGAAAACAAUAUAAAAUAAAUAUGACUGAAAACGAUUUUAAAGGGUAAAACCGUGUCCCUCGGGAAGUCCUGUGGGGAGUGCUCAGAGAGUACGGGGUAUCGGACUGUCUGAUUGUGGCAGUCCGCUCCCUGUACGAUCAGUGCCAGAGCUUGGUCCGCAUUGCCGGUAGUAAGUCGGACACGUUU